AUGAGCGUCUUUCACGUAACUUUGAUGAUAUGGGCGGUGCACUGGGUUGCGCCAGAUACAGUACUGCACUCUAGUACCCCAGCGACCAGCGAAUCCGGAAGUGAACAGCUGCACAUUGUAGAAUCGGAUUUCAACAGUGAGGAAGGAGCAAGCAGCAACAGCGAAGACCACGUCAUCGUUACUGACAGCGAAGACAUCGUCAUUAUUCCAUUGGGCAAUGGGUCCUAUGCUGAGGCUGAUGAAAACACCUAUGCUGAUUUGGAUUCACAAUGCCAGCCGAUAGAUCUAUUUGCCACAGCGUGCCCUAAUGUCGACAAUAGCAGAUGCAUUCUCGAAAUGCAAAACAGACAAGAAGAAACAGCAGUUAAUUCGUACUCAAGCACCGUAACAGCAGAGGAAGCGGCAGAUGCGAUGAAUGUUACACCAAAUCGCUUAGGGAAAAAGCAAUUCGAUGAUAACGGUGAUCUUCCCGAAGAAAAUCGUACAUUGAACAAGAAGUUUGUAAAGAGUUACAUAUGGAUGCCAGGUGUUAGCGCAAAACCCGUUGUCUCAAAGGAGCGAAAUACAUUACGCUUGUAA